AUGAAACAACAAGAACAGAGACCGUCAGUCUCCAUAGCGAAGAUCUUCAAAGACCAAUUACGUAUGGGUAGCCUCCUCUCUAAUUUCCUCUUCCUUGGGUUUGGUGUUGCCCUCGGAAUCAUUGUUAGUUCCUUUCUCAUGAAUAAUAUGCCAAUCAGUUCAGUAGCUACCCAAUUCUCUGACUCUCCAUUACCAACAACAUUUCCGGUCACCAACAUUUCUGAAGCUUCAAUAAGCCCUCCGGCACCACCGGUAAGUAUUCCACCACCGGCACCAUCACCAUCACUAUUGCCAUCCAGUGACGAGAAUAGUACUACCAAAGAACUUUUUGGAUUGAAGGACUUCUUGAAGGUACCUGAUGAUGCUAUGCACAAUAUGACCGAGGAGGAAUUGUUGUGGAGAGCAUCGAUGGUUCCUCGGAUUGAUGAGUUCCCUUACAAGCUCAUCCCUAAGGUUGCUUUCAUGUUCUUGACAAGAGGACCAUUGCCAUUUGCUCCUCUUUGGGAGAAAUUCUUUAAAGGAUUUGAAGGGCUCUACUCCAUUUACGUGCACUCUGAUCCAUCCUUCAAUGAGUCUGAUCCUCAAGGUUCGGUGUUCUACGGUCGAAGGAUUCCCAGUAAGGAAGUACAAUGGGGAGAAUUUAGCUUGAUCGAAGGAGAAAGAAGACUACUAGCAAAUGCUCUACUAGACUUUUCCAACCAAAGAUUCGUUCUCUUAUCAGAAUCAUGCAUUCCUAUCUUCAACUUCACAACCAUCUACUCUUACCUCACUAAUUCUACAGAAACUUUUGUAGAAGUUUACGAUGACCCAAGCCCUGUAGGGCGUGGGCGUUACAAUCCUCAAAUGAGCCCAGUUAUUGAACUCGAACAAUGGCGAAAAGGGUCACAAUGGUUCGAGAUGGAUCGACAGAUGGCAAUCGAGAUAAUCUCUGAUCGUAUCUUUUAUCCUGUUUAUGAGAAAUUUUGCAAUGGUCCUUGUUAUGCAGAUGAACACUAUAUUCCUACUGUUGUGAAUCUCUUGUUUCCAAAGACGAAUUCAAACAGAACUUUGACAUGGGUUGAUUGGUCAAAAGGAGGACCACACCCUUUCAUGUUUAUGAGAACGGAUGUGACUUUUGAGUUAUUAGAGACUUUAAGGAGUGGGAGCAACUGUGAGUACAAUGGCAAUACCACCACUACCUGUCAUUUGUUUGCAAGAAAAUUCCAUCCUAACACUUUGGAUAGGUUGUUAAGGUUUGCUCCCAAGGUUUUGGGUUUCCAUCAAUAACUAGGAAUGGUGUACAUAAAAUUUAUUUUUUGAUCAUUUAUUUAUUUGUAGGUUCUGUAAUACAUUUUAGUUACAGGCU